CACUAGUAUUCCUCAGCAUCAGCAGCAUUCGCACAGAAGAUCACCGCCGUACUGCUGUUCACACACCAGUUCCGAUCUCAUCUGCAUAUAUAUAUAUCGGUGUCAUUAAGUGCAUAUUCUUCUUUCUAAAUUCUCGAAUAACUCGUUUAAAGAUGUUGGCGUGCACCGAAAUGAUCACGAUGUGUCUCCAGUCGGCGAAGCGCGAGCAUCUCCGCUCCAAACUGCAGCAGCAACAGCAGCAUCAGAUGCAGGAUGCGGUUCACGGACUGUCCAUCUUUCACGAUAUUUUCCGCAGAGCUGACAAAAAUGAUGACGGAAAGCUGUCCUUCGAGGAGUUCAAAGCCUAUUUUGCAGACGGGAUUCUCACAACCGACGAGCUGCGGGAGCUGUUCUACUCCAUCGAUGGACGGCAAACAAAUAACCUCGAUACAGACAAACUAUCAGAUUACUUUUCUCAGCAUCUUGGAGAAUAUCUGGAUGUUCUGUCAGCGUUGGAGAAACUCAAUGUCGCCGUCCUGAAAGCGAUGGACAAGACGAAGGAGGAGUACCAGGGUUCAUCGGUUCUGGGGCAGUUUGUGACCCGUUUCAUGUUGAGGGAGACGUCAAGUCAGCUGCUGUCGCUCCAGAUGUCUCUGCAGUGUGCUAUGGAGGCUGUGGAGGCACAAAGUAGCACCUCUCCGGUUGAAGUUAAAGUCCCGGAUCAUCUGAUCAUACAGAAGAACAACAGAAGAUGUGGCCGUCGAGUGCAGAAGAACAUGUGUUUGUCACCUACUGAUCCGUACUCGGGCAUUCUCACUACUGGCGUUACCGUAGAUACAGAUGAGCACUGGUGCUCUCAGAUCAACAGACUGCAGCAGCUCAUCGACAAACUGGAGUGUCAGAGUCCAAAGUUGGAGCCACUGAAAGAAGAUACACUGGCCAGCACAUACAAAUCAAACAUUCUGCUGGUGCAGAGACAGAUGAGCGUGACGGAGAACGAUCUCGAGGAGUUCCAGAAGGCUCUGAAGAGCUACGCCGACACCACCGCCAAUCAGAACGACAACCUACAUGUGUCCAUCCAGAAGCUUCCUGAGAAGAGCUGCUACAUCAUCUAUGAGUUCUGGCAGGACCGCAUUUCCUGGAUGAGUUAUUUGCAGUCUGACGCCAGUAAGAUGUUCCAGCGCUGCAUCAUAGACAUGCUGGAGGACCCAGAGAUCGUCUCCACGAUGCUCAUGCCAGCGUCUUGGUGGAUCAUGACAAACAACUAACAGCAACAAGAAAACACAGCUGAACCCCGAUCG